AUGGAUCAGAACUCAGAAAAACCAGUGCUAUUCUUCGACAUCGACAACUGUCUAUACUCACGAAAUCACAAAGUCCUGGAACACAUGUCCAGCCUUAUCGACGAUUAUUUCAAAAAGCAUCUUGGCCUAUCCCCAGACGACGCCGAGAAACUUCACAAAGAUUACUAUCAACAAUAUGGCCAGGCAAUUGAAGGCCUGGUACGCCACCACCAAAUUGACGCGUUGGAAUAUAACGCCAAAGUCGAUGACGCGGUCCCAUUGGACGACCUCAUCAAGCCCAACGCCCAAUUACGACAGUUCCUUGAGGACAUUGAUACUUCGAAAGUUAGACUUUGGCUGUUAACCAAUGCUUACGUGAAUCACGGCAAAAGAGUCGUGCGGUUAUUGGGCGUGGAGGAUUUGUUUGAGGGGUUGACCUAUUGUGAUUAUUCUCAAGUCCCGUUUGUGUGUAAACCGCAGAAGGAGAUGUUUUUAAAAGCUAUGGGAGAAGCUGGGAUUUCCGAUGUUUCGAGGUGUUAUUUUAUUGAUGACUCUCAUAAGAAUUGUGUCGGGGCGAAGGACGCUGGCUGGACUGCUAUUCACUUUGUGGAAGAAGGGUUCCCUCUACCGGAUGCACCAGCGUCUCAGCAUCAGAUUCGCCAUCUUGAGGAAUUGCGAUCACUCUAUCCCGAGUUCUUCAGAGUUAGAAAUUGA